GAUCCCUACUUCGAUGCCGUGCGGAUUCUCGCAUACCAAAUCCUACACGCCCCCGAAACACGCACCAAACUCAACCUGGAUUUCGUGGUCUUCGUCCACGACGGGGUGGACGAAAGCAAGCGGGACUGCCUGCGACGCGACGGCGCGCAGGUGGUCGAGCUGCCGGAACUGAAAGCCGACUGGACGCGGUUCAAGGACGCGCGAUGGGCUCAUGUACUUACACGCCUACGGCUGUGGCAGAUGGUGCAGUACGAUCGCAUUUUGCUGCUAGAUGCGGACUCGGUCUUGACUCGGUCUAUCGACGCGGUCUGGGACCUUCCCGGGCUCCAGCCGAGGACUGCCCUCUCCACGUCGGUGCAUGUGGGUGAGAGGGUCCUACCGUUGCCGGAGUCAUACGUGCUGGCCGGUCUCCCGCAGCUGCGCCUCAAUCAUACAGCACGCCCAGCGCGCGUGCCAGAGGACUUCUAUGAUUGGGAGACUCUGAACGUGGGCUUUCUGAUGUUGCAGCCGUCACUCGAGAUCUUCGACUAUUUUGCCGCCAUGCUGGCGGUGCCGGAAAGCUUUGAGAGUAGUAUCGCUGAUCAGAGUCUUGUGAACGUCGUCUUUGCAGCUGAUGGUCCGAUGCCCUGGACGCGGCUGGAUCUGUCGUGGAAUGUGCAGUGGCCGUGGCCGGACGAUCUCUGGGCAGGCUAUGCUGUGUUGCAUGACAAGUGGUGGGCGCCGCUUCAUCCAGAGACGCUGGAU